AUGGCCUGCAGAUCGACGCGUCCGGCUUCCCUCGCUUUCGCCUUACUCUGUUUAGGGACGCUGGUUGUGCCGCAUUGCCAAGUUCAAGGCAGGCGACCUGCACCAUCACGAUCACCUCCACCAUCACCUCCACCAUCACCUCCACCAUCACCUCCACCAUCACCUCCACCAUCACCUCCACCAUCAUCUCCACCAUCACCUCCACCGUCACCUCCGUCACCAUCUCCACCAUCAGUGUUGCGCAACCCCCUGGUCCCUCGUUGGCCCCGACAACCUUACCGGCAGCGUCCGCCCCCACGGCCCUGGGGGCCACCAUCGGCGCCCACCAGCACCAGCAGCAGCGCCGUUACAGCAACUCCAUCGCAACCGCCAGCGGCGCCACCACCGCUGCUGCGCAUGCAAAAGUCGGCGGAAGCGCCGUUCCUAACUGUUGAAGGGGAAUUCGACGUGCUCACCUCCCACACCAGCAGCCCUAGUGUGUACCUGAGGGAGCCCGGCGGCCAGGUCACCGCCAUCACCAACAUGGGCGACACGGAGGCCCUCCGCUACUCCGGCUAUCUGGUCCUGGGACUGGCUGAUGAGGGCGCCGGCAAAGACGGGCCCGGCGCCGGUAUCGGCAGCGGGACCGUCUCCAGCGUUGUCUUCCUGCUCAGCUUUUGCAACUGGAGGCCAGCCCUCGACACGCAGGCGUUCCGGUCCAUGUGGCUCAAUGACGAUAAUGCCGCCACGGGCCCCGGCGGCUCCAGAACCAUGGAGGAUUACUGGAACUACUGCUCCAGGGGCGCCGCACGCAUGUCUGCGUCCAGUCAGCUCAUUUUCGAGGUGCCGAUUCCAUGCAACGGGAAAUGGUACGACAGGGAGUACGACCUCAGGACGCAGUGCGGUACUUCGGAUUUGUACCUCAUGAUGAGCCUUGCAGAAAGUUACGUGCAAAACACACUCCGCCAAGACAUCUCCGGCGUCAAACAGCGAAUCGCCGUACUGCCGGCUGAAGUGGACAAUAGCUGCAGCUGGGCAGGUAUGGGCAGUGUUGGCUGUUCCGGCAGUCGCUGCUUCAGCUGGAUAAACGGCGCGUACGCCCGCGACCUGACCACCUACAUGCACGAAAUGGGCCACAACUUUGGUCUGCAACACUCGGGCCGUGCAGGGGACCCCGACGAGUAUGCCGACCCGUCCUGCACCAUGGGCAGGGGUCGCACCUGUUUCAACUCCCCCAACCAGUGGCGCCUGGGCUGGAUAUCGCCCCUCCCUGGAGCCGACCUGAACGGCACCAACCUGCCGAGCCGCUCUCCCCAGUCCCUCAUACGGAUAGACCCCACCUGGGUGCCCCUCGCGGCUAGCGAGACCCGGAACGACAUACAGACCCCCGCACCCGUGUACUACGUCUCUCUGCGCAUGCACCAGCCGCCGUUCGAUGACUUCGAACUACCCAUCAACCGCGUGUAUGUGCACACAUCCCGCGUGACGCAGGCUGCCACGUCAUACAUCCGGUCGUCCCUGCAAGCUGCGAUAAACCCUGGAGGCACAUACAAGGCUACUAUGCCGUACGGCAUAAUCGUACGAGUCGAGUCCAUAACGCCUGCCGCCGGCAGCUGCGUCGUCACCGUCUGCCGGGCCAGCGGCACCUCCGAGGCCCAGGGUGGCGACUCGUGUGGUGACGGCCUGGAUAACGACUGCGAUGGUCUUGUGGAUGACUUGGAUCCAGACUGUGACGGACCGCAGCUCAUCAGCACGCCACAACAGCAGCAGCAACAGCCGCCGCCGCCGCCGCCACAAUCCUCGCCACCCCCAUCGCCAAGGCCGCCAAGGCCGCUACCGCCACCUCCGCGGCCCCCAGGGCCAUCGUCGCCACCGCCACGUCCGCCCAGGCCAUCGCCACCGCCGCGGCCACCACCCUCGCCGCGGCGGCCGCCGCGGCCGUUGCCGCCUCCACGUCGGCCGCCUUUGCCGCGGCCGCCGCCGCCUAAAUAG